CUAGGUCAUAGAGAUUUGUUGGGGGUAAGAAACCAUGGCUUCUUCAUCUUCCGUCAUUGCAGGUAUGGCUAGUUGCUUCAAGCCUCAUCACAGAGCAACUUCAUGCUUCAACUCUCUUACAAUUCCAAACCAUUCUUUUCGCCUCACUCAAAUUUCUCACUUCGUACGAAAAACUCCCAAGUCCCUUCCCCUUUUUGUAGACGUCUCAAAAUUGAUGAAAUCCGCCAUUAAAAGCCAAGCAAGAGCAGACUUUGAAUCUGUUAACAUUGCGGAUGAUGUCACUCAGUUGAUUGGGUGCACUCCAAUGGUAUAUCUCAAUAAAGUUACUGAAGGUUGUGUGGCUAACAUUGCUGCAAAACUUGAAUCCAUGGAACCUUGUCGAAGUGUGAAAGACAGAAUUGGAUGUGCUAUGAUAUCAGAGGCUGAAGAAAGUGGUGCAAUUUCUCCUGAGAAGUCCGUAUUGGUGGAGCCCACAAGUGGAAAUACGGGCAUUGGUAUUGCUUUUGCCGCAGCAACUAAGGGUUAUAGAUUGAUUGUCACACUGCCUGCAUAUGUAAAUUUAGAAAGGCGGAUCCUUUUACGUGCAUUUGGAGCUGAGGUAGUUCUAACAGAUCCAAUGAAAGGCAUGAAAGGUGCCGUUGAGAAGGCUGAGGAACUUGUUUUGAGCACUCCAAAUGCUUACAUGUUACAACAAUUUGAUAAUGUUGCCAAUACUAAGAUCCAUUUUGAAACGACUGGUCCAGAAAUAUGGGAAGAUACUUUGGGUAGUGUUGACAUUUUUGUGGCUGGAAUGGGCACUGGUGGUACUGUUAGUGGUACUGGACGUUACCUAAAACUGGUGAACAAAAAUAUCAAGGUAAUAGGUGUAGAACCAGCUGAAAGGGGUGUAAUCUCUGGAGAAAAUCCAGGAUAUGUGCCUAGUAUCUUGGAUACUACUGUGCUAGAUGAAGUUAUGAAGGUUACUAAUGAUGAAGCAAUUGAAAUGGCACGACGAUUGGCAUUGGAGGAAGGUUUACUGGUGGGAAUAUCUUCAGGAGCUGCUGCUGCUGCAGCAAUAAGAGUUGCAAAGAGACCUGAAAAUGCUGGAAAACUUAUUGUAGUUAUAUUUCCAAGUUUUGGUGAAAGAUAUAUCCCCACAGUUCUUUUCCAAUCCAUUUACAAAGAGGCACAAAAUAUGUGGGAAGAAUAGUUUUCCGAGGGGCAAAAGAUGUACGAUUAUGAACGAAAGUUUGAGUUGUGUCCAUCACAAGCAAAGAUCAUACAAGGCUGUGAUUUAGAUGUUUUGAGACUAAACAAAGCCAACUAAUACAUACCAUGAACCCUCAAUUCUGAGCCGGUAUCUCGUUUUUUGAGAUGGUUAUCAAGCUGAAUUCUCUCUGAAAGUUUUCAUGGCAGUUGAACCAUGAGCUUGCAUUAAGUUGAUGUUGUUUGGAUGGUUUGGAGAUUGGUCAGAGAUAAGAGAGAAGAAAAUUGCAGAUAUUUCCAGUGUUACCUGUAUGGAUUUGUUGACCACUUGAUUGGUUGGGUUUAGGGUUAACUUUUGGUUAUAUAAUAUCACCCCAAUUGCGGUUAAUCUUUUUGCCUUACUGAAAAAAAUGUAAUCCCUUUAAUCCUUUAUAUUGCAAAUUAUAAACAAAAUUUCCAAUAUAUGUUGCUGGAAAACGUAUUUCCUUUAAUCCUUUAAUCUUCAAUGGUGGAUGUCUUCCUCUUCAAUAA